AUGGAGCCAGCACAAGCACUUAACUAUUUGUUUGUGUUACAGAAAGCAAUAGACCUUGCUAGCAAGGCAGCGCAAGAAGAUAAAGCAGGAAACUAUGAGGAAGCCUUCCGCUUGUACCAACACGCUGUCCAGUAUUUUCUCCACGUUGUUAAAUAUGAAGCACAGGGUGAUAAAGCAAAACAGAGCAUUAGAACGAAAUGUACAGAAUACUUGGACAGAGCAGAAAAGCUGAAAGAAUAUCUGAAAAAGAGGGAAAAAACUGCACCAAAACCAGUUAAAGAGUCUGGUCCUGCUGAUGGAAAAGGGAAUGACAGUGAUGGGGAAGGGGAGUCAGAGGAUCCUGAAAAAAAGAAGCUACAGAAUCAACUUCAAGGAGCAAUUGUUAUGGAGCGACCAAAUGUCAAAUGGAGUGAUGUUGCUGGCCUUGAAGGUGCCAAAGAAGCACUUAAAGAAGCAGUGAUCUUGCCCAUUAAAUUUCCGCACCUGUUUACAGGAAAGAGGACACCCUGGAGAGGGAUUCUCCUGUUUGGACCACCAGGAACAGGAAAGUCUUAUUUAGCAAAAGCUGUGGCAACAGAAGCAAACAACUCUACCUUUUUCUCAGUAUCUUCCUCUGGCCUUGUCUCGAAGUGGUUAGGUGAAAGUGAAAAGUUAGUGAAAAACUUGUUCCAGCUUGCCAGAGAAAACAAACCUUCUAUUAUCUUCAUUGAUGAGAUAGAUUCCCUUUGCGGUUCAAGAAGUGAAAAUGAAAGCGAGGCUGCUAGACGGAUAAAAACAGAAUUUCUAGUCCAGAUGCAAGGGGUUGGUGUUGACAAUGAAGGAAUCUUAGUCUUAGGAGCAACAAACAUACCCUGGGUUUUGGAUUCUGCUAUCAGGAGAAGGUUUGAGAAGCGUAUUUAUAUUCCUUUACCUGAAGACCAUGCUAGGGCUGCAAUGUUCAAACUUCACCUUGGGUCAACUCCAAAUCUUCUAACAGAAUCAGAUUACCGAGAGCUUGGAAAGAGAACUGAUGGCUAUUCUGGUGCAGAUAUAAGCAUCAUCGUACGUGAUGCACUGAUGCAGCCUGUUAGAAAAGUGCAAUCAGCUACUCACUUUAAAAAAGUAAAAGGACCAUCAGUGUCUAAUCCAAAUAUGAUGGUAGAUCUGUUCACCCCUUGCUCUCCAGGUGAUCCUGAAGCCAUAGAAAUGACAUGGAUGGAGGUUCCAGGUGAUAAAUUACUGGAGCCUCAGGUUUCCAUGGCCGAUAUGCUCAGGUCGCUAGCUAGCACAAAACCAACAGUUAAUGAAAAGGACCUGGAGAAGUUAAAGAAGUUUACAGAAGACUUUGGUCAGGAAGGCUAAACCAAAGAUAUAGACGUGAAGCAUUGGAACUUUUUUUGCUUUCUUAGGUAUUCUUAGGUCUUUAUGGAUGGCACUUCAAGUAAAUGCCAGUAAAAUCACUCCUUUCUUACUUUGCAGAAGGAACAGAAGAGACGUUUGCAAAGACCCUUAAGCUUUUGUAUUGUAUUGUUUUCCUCAGAUGUCUAUUAAAUGUCUUCUAUUGAAAAACAAUAUUAAAAUAUAAUUUUAGAGUGAGACAGCAAAGUGAUGUGGUAAUGUCUAUUAAAUACUAGAAAACUUUUAAAUUAUUAGUUCAGUUUUAGAUAUUCUGUUAGACCGGGGUACAAGUGCGUUUUAAACUCCCAGUAGGUUCAAAAAAACCUUUUUUGAGGGUGGAAGAG